AUGCCAACCCGAACAACUUCAAAGUCAUCAGCGACGACACCGAGGCCAAAAAAGCAGACGCAAGCCAAGCUCAGCUUCGGACCUCCAUCAGCGAAGAAGGCCGAUAGCGUUGCCCCCACAAAGAAAGGCCCCGCGAAUGGCAACAUCCUCAACUUCUUCAAAAAGGUUGAGAUCGAAGAGCAGCUCUUCUGCGGGGCCCCAAGUGCGACUGUCCCGGCUGCAGAUAUUGGGAACAAAUCUGUCCAAGAUGAAGAUCUAUAUGGAGCUGAGUCUCAACCAUCCAAAAUCGGAGCGAGGUACAACGAAGAUAUCGGUUCCUCAAAGAGGAGGAAGCUGAGCCAUGAUGGCCUCGAGAAUGUUGAGCCGCUGGAAAAGAGGGACAAGGUUGACAGUAUGAUAAUACCAAACGGGAAGACCGAUGUUCCCACAGCUGCGGUACCAAAAGCCAAACGUAAAGCCUCUCGUGGCAAGGGCCCAUUUCUGGACGAUUCUGACAGCGACGACGGCGAUGAGGAUGAACAAGAGGAGGAGGAGGAGGAGGAGCAGGUGGCGGAGAAGGAUUGCAACCCCGCGGCAACUGAUAUGCCUGGACAAGGAAUGCCAGCCACGAAUAUGGUACCACACCCCCAACUCCUGGAAAUGGACACCAAGGAUCUAAUCACACCUGCCGAAGAGGUCCAAGCCUCAGAGUGCACGCCAGCCCCUCCAGACCCGCCACAAUUGAAACAGGAAGACUCUGCGUAUGACCAAUUUGGCGACUUAGACGAGAUGGAAGGAAUGUUCGAUGAUGAGCCAUAUGAGGACGGUGACGAGUUUCGUGAAAGACUGCUCAUGGAGGAACAAGCGAGGUUGGAAGCUGAAGAGGCCAUGGCAGCUGCGAUGGAUCCCGAACCCAUUACAGCCAAUUGCCCGCUUUGCAAUGCCAGCCUUGCCGGCCUUACACCAACGCAAGCAUCACAGCACGUCAACGCAUGUUUAGAUGGGCAGCCGAUCCCCCUCCCAUCUCGACACAACUCGGCGAAUAACUCGCGGAGCAACUCGCGUCACUCGUCGCCAAUGGUCGACGCUCCUGAAGUCAGCAAGCGGUUCUCAAAAGCUGCGGUGCCGCGACCUGGCCAGGACAACCCCAUAAGCCUCGGGAGUUCUGCAAACAAGCCAGCGUCCGCAUUCGGAAAAUUGAUGUCGGGCCAUGCUGAAGAUGCCGCCUGGGCGACAGCAGCUGCGACAGAACAUGCUUCACGAGGAAAGCCUGCGUACCAAAGAACAUGCCCGUUCUACAAAAUCAUGCCUGGCUUCUUCAUUUGCGUGGACGCCUUUCGUUAUGGUGCCGUCAAGGGUUGCAAUGCGUACUUUUUAAGUCAUUUCCACAGUGACCACUACGUCGGGCUCUCGGCCAGCUGGUCCCAUGGACCUAUUUAUUGCAGUGAGGUCACAGCCAGCCUUAUUCGCAAUCAACUCAAGACAGACGCAAAGUGGGUGAAGCCCAUUCCCUUCGACGAAAAGAUCGAAGUGCCUGGUACGGAGGGCGUCUUCAUCACAAUGAUACCAGCAAACCAUUGUCCUGGCAGCUCGCUUUUCCUGUUCGAGAAGGGCAUCGGGAAAGGCCAGGCUGCCAAGAUACAGCGCAUUCUACAUUGCGGGGACUUCCGUGCUUGUCCUGCACAAGUUAAACAUCCACUUCUCAAGCCAGAUAUUGUCGACAAUGUAUCUGGCAGGCUCAAGCAGCAGAAGAUCGAUAUCUGCUACCUCGACACAACGUACCUCAAUCCCCGGUACUCAUUCCCUCCGCAAGACGACGUCAUAAAGGCUUGUGCAGACUUCUGUUAUUCGCUGUCUGGCGACCCGGCGGCUGCAGACGAAGCUUUCGACUCGCUUCGCAGAGAAAAGGGGAGCACGACAGUCAGCCAAUUUUUCCAAAAAGAGGAGAAAGAUUCCGAAGGCGGCAUUGUUAAGACUGAAGGCAGCGGCAACUCGCCAAAUCCAACGAAUCGUCUUCUCGUGGUGUGCGGCACAUACUCCAUUGGCAAGGAGCGGAUUUGCAAGGCCAUUGCCAAGGCGCUGGGGUCCAAAAUCUACGCCAUUCCCAGCAAGAUAAAGAUCUGCCAGCAGCUUGGCGAUCCCGAGCUUUCAGCCCUGAUGACUUCCAAUCCUUACGAGGCACAGGUGCACAUGCAGAUGCUCAUGGAGCUCCGUGCCGAGACACUGCAAGAAUACCUCGACGGCUAUAAGCCGCAUUUCACCCGUAUUGUUGGCUUCCGCCCAAGCGGUUGGAGCUUCCGCGGCGGCGGAGGCGGCACGAGUGGUGCUAAAAAUGUGACUGCCAAUGUCUCACCAUCCACGAUACCGACUACUCAGAUCCUCCACGGGUCCGGCUGGAAGACUCGUUUCAGCAGCGCCGAUUUUAUAGCUCAGCGGGGUAGCACGCGUGAGGCCAUGUGCUUUGGGGUGCCGUAUUCCGAGCACAGCAGCUUCCGUGAGCUGACCCUCUUUAUUAUGUCCUUGAGGAUCGAAAAAGUCGUGCCUACAGUCAAUGUCGGCAGCGAGCCAAGCAGGAAGCGCAUGAAGGCGUGGAUCGACAGAUGGCUGAUGGAGAGGAGAAAGGGUGGGAUUGUGAGGUUGCUGGAGGGCGAAGAGGACGACUCUCUUCAGGGUCAUGGAGCCGAUGGCACGUCAGAGGACACCAAGGACACUAAGGACGUUCAAUUGUGGGAAGGCAAGGACGGUAAAGGUGGCGGCGUCUGGUGGUGA